AUGGCUUCUCCCGCCGUGCUAGGGUCUAGAGCUCUGCGAGCUUCUCGACACACCCUCCGGACCGGUGCGAACUCAAGGAGAGGUCUAGCUGCGGCAGCUUCGAGUACCUUUCAAUAUGAGACUGGGGACUCUUCCGGCGUCAAGUUCGCCAGCAGGGACCUGCCUGGUGCUACGACGACCCUGACAGUGGUAUCAAAAGCUGGCUCGCGGUAUCAGCCUUUGCCCGGCUACUCAGACGCCCUCGAGAAGUUCGCAUUCAAGGCCACCGAAAAGCGUUCCUCUCUUAGGAUCACCCGAGAGGUAGAGCUCCUAGGCGGCCAGGUCGCUGCAUACCACACUCGCGAGAACCUUGUCCUUCGAGCAAAAUUCCUGAAAGAUGAUCUCCCAUACUUCGCUGAGUUGCUCGCCGAAGUUGCUUCCAAAACCAGAUACAGCACCCACGAGCUCAACGAGGAGGUCUUCCACACCAUGCGUCUGGAACAGAAGUCUCACCUUGCCUCACCCCUCAACCUUGCUCUGAAUUCCGUUCACGGCGUCGCUUUCCACCGCGGCCUCGGCGAGCCCCUCUACCCUACCUCGUCCGUACCCGUCGCAAAAUACAUCGAUGCUCCAGGCAUCGCUGACUUUGCCGAUGCCGCAUACGCCCGCUCCAACAUUGCCGUCGUUGCCAACGGUGCUACGCACUCCGACCUCAGCAAGUGGGUGAAGGAGUUCUUUUCUGAAAGCACUGGCACGGGCUCAGCAACCACUCAAAUCAAAUCGCCCGCGACGAAGUACUAUGGCGGCGAGGAGCGCAUCGCUCAUGCCUCUGGCAACGCACUGAUUCUCGGCUUCCCCGGCUCCGCCGCGUUCACUGCCGGCAGCGCUUAUAAGCCCGAAGUAGCCGUGCUUGCGUCCCUUCUAGGCGGCGAAUCUUCCAUCAAAUGGUCUCCCGGAUUCUCCCUGCUCGCCAAUGCCGCGCAUGCCACGCCAGGCGCGCAGGUCAACACCACCAAUGCCGCCUACAGCGAUGCCGGUCUAUUGUACGUCACUCUCACAGGUAAUGCGACUGCCAUCUCCUCUGCGGCGAAGAACGUGGUCGAGGCUAUCAAGAAGGUUGCCGCCGGCGACGUUUCAGAAGAAGUGGUCAAGAAAGCGGUCGCGGCCGCCAAGUUCCGCGCCCUAGAGGCUGGUCAGCAGACGGAGGCUGGCCUGGAAGCAACGGGUAACGGCCUGAUUGUCAGCGGCAAGGCGUUCCAGAUCUCAGAGCUGGCGAAGGGCUUUGAAGGUGUGACCAAGGAUGGCAUCACAAAGGCGGCAAAGAGCGUUCUCGAAGGCAAGGCCAGCGUGAGUGCAGUGGGAGACCUGUAUGCGCUGCCGUUUGCAGAGGAGAUUGGCCUCCAGGUGUAA